UAACCGUCAACUUUUGUUUUUUUAAACAAGCUUUCAGAGUCGCAGGUCAGUUUACCUACAAGCUGUCAAAUCGCUGUAUUUAGUUAAAACUUCUGAAUUACAAUCGAUUUUCCGCCUAUUUUUCCCGCUUUUGGGCAUUGUGCAAAUCUCAAAAGAUGACUUCCAAAAUGGAUGACUAUCAAGUUUUAGAAACGUUAAACGACAGUAAAUUCGGUGUACGCCACAAAAUAUCUCGAGCUGACGGUCGCUUGUUUGAACGACGCGAAAUAAAUUACAAAUCUAUGGAUGAUGCACUGAAAGAGAUGGUGAUAUAUGAAAUCAACACACUGAAGAAAUUAAGGCAUCCAAACAUUAUCCACCACGAAGAUGCCAUCGUUGAAAGGAGAUCUUCUACUCUGUAUCUAAUAACUGAAUGUGGUGGCAGUGACAGUUUGCAGACAUUGAUUGAUUAUCACAGAAGGUCAAAGACAUUUAUUAAAGAAGAUUUGGUUUGGACAGUUUUGUUACAGUUUUCCCAAGCUUUACACUCACUUUCUCUAGUGCAAGACCCAUACAGAAGCCAAAUCUUUCACCGCUGCUUGAGGCCAUCAAGUGUAUACUUCAACUUUCAAACACACAAUAUCAAGAUUGGAGAUUUCGGACUUGGUCUCAUAUCUAAACCCUACUACAUGUGCCCUGAGCUACAAAAUUUGGGAUUGUGCAAUGAAAAAUCUGAUGUUUGGUCAAUGGGAUGCAUCGUCCACGAAAUGUGUACAUUGAAGACGCCGUUUAGAGUAGAAAACGACUCUAAAAAUCAAAUCACAGAUUGGAAAUUUGGGAGCAUUCCAAAGAUUUAUUCCCGCGACCUGUUCUCCAUUCUACGAUUUAUUUUGACUCCAGACGAGGAAACGAGACCUUCUCCUCUCAUGGUUCUCCAUCACCCCAUAAUUAAAGCGAGGAAAGGAGGUGGAAAGAGAGUAGACGGAAGAAACGGAGUACUGGAAACUGAUUUCCCCAUGUCGUCUAAAGAAAACCUUACCGUCAUUGCUGAAGAUACAUUGGAGAUCUCGAUCGCCGACUGCUCCGACCUGUCCCUCAAUCAGUACCUAUCGAUGAUGAGUGACCAGGAAACUUCGGCGACGUACAUCGAUGACGUGGACAUCCAAUCCAUUGAGAAUGGAACAGCCUAUCCCAAAGCCACAUCAAGCGUUCUUCAUGCCAGCCCCAUGCCAUCUCCUAUUUCCAAGAACUUCAAUGGAUCCAUGGGGCGUCCGAGAUCGUCAGCCGAUAAUUCGCAAAUGUCUCGAAAAGCCACCGAGCUGUUUCUAACGGAAUCCCAUUUGCAGCGGUGGGCUAAAAUGUUGGAAGAGAAAGAACAGGAGCUGGCCCAUAAAGAGAAGCGACUUCACUUGUGGGAGACUCAAAUCAGAGAAAUGUUGAAGCAAUCUGGGCCGCUGAAUCAGUCGAAUAGCAGCAGUCGAAAUUCCUAUGCUCAACCACACCUGACCAACGAAAGCAGCGGAGUAGAGACUGACAUGGACAGUACAAUCAGCGCCUACCCCGGAGAUUCCGUGUUGGAGCCGACUACAGUGCGAAUGGACCCUACCAAAAUAACUAAUCCUUUCACACGGUAUCAGGCAGGCCGGCAAGUUCGUUUCCAGCGAUCCGACGACGACAGUCAGGCGAGGAGCGAAGCAGCUUCCAAAAUGUUUGCCGAACAGCGACUCCACUGGCUUGAGAUGAAGAGGAAGAAACAUCAAGUUGCGCAAUCAUCAUCACCACCACCACCUCUGCCACCUAAAAUGAGUGGCCCACCCAAACUCGAAACGGAUUACAUUUUCAUGGAGGAAAAAUCCAUCCCUAUUGCAGCUACGAAAACUCGAACGGGCAAGUCGAGUGAGCCAAGAAACAAAUUCGAAAUGCCAUUACACUUAAUGAAAGCCGACAAGGAGAACCACGGCGGGAGUCUGAGAUAUGACCCGUCCACAAAAGGUCCUCCACUUCCUACCCGUCCAACCAGCAUAAAAAAUAAUGAUUCCAAAAUUUUAUCGAACGAAUUGCGAGCUAAGCUCAAGUCGCAUAAUUUGCCCGGUUUACGUUAAAUGAAUAUAUUUCCCCUUUUCUUUUUAUUUUAAGGUUAUUCAAAACAAGGACAGUUUUCCACCCAUUUUAAAGAGGCUGUUUAGUUCCUAUCAUUUAUGUUUAUGCAUUUACAUACUCAACUAUUUAUAUACUAACCUUCCGGCGUUUUAAAAUGUUACCUAAUAGCUUUUUUUUUCUUUUUUUUUGGUCUCCUCUGUCACUUUUAACAUAACUGGGCCGGCAUGGGCUUUCCCUCCAAUGCAUUGACAAUGUUUUGCGCAGUCAUCGUUGCCAUAGUAGUUCUCGUUUGUAGCGUCGCGCUUCCAAUGUGUGGGAUCAGCACUAAGAUGAUCGAAAAAGAAAAGAAAAUUUAUAGAGACAUUAAGAUAUUAAGUGGUAGUGUUAUCAAUGGAAUAAUACACGAAUGAUUGGCUACCGCAA